GACAGCUAUUCUACUUUUAGACGACCACUUUAAAGUAUGAGAUCACAGAGGAAGAAAGGGAGGAGACUGCAGAAGAGACAAGAAGGACAGCAUCUUGCCAACUGAGUUACAUUACAGUUGGCGCUGUUAGACAAACAGAGAACACAGAAAGCUGUGUUGACAGGGUUUGAUUUACUUAGACUGCAUAAUUUAUAGUAUCAGUGUUACGUUUAUUUUGCAAAAGGUUAGAAGAGAUAAAAAAUAGUUAAAACAAAAGAAUCUUCAAAUAACCAGAACCUUCUGUUUUGAAUUAUUAAGCCAUUAUGACACAGCAGGUCAGUGGCUCACCGGUCCUCAAGCACUUCUUUCUGAAGACGCCUGUCAGCGUGGCCAACCCUCUGAGACAGAGACGACACACACUCCCCGCUAGUGAGUUCAGAAACCUCACGCCACAGGACGCCCUGAGUGUAUUUGAAAUUGAAAGAGAAGCAUUUGUCUCUGUGUCUGGAGAGUGUCCACUUACCCUGAAAGAAGUGCUUAACUUCCUUGGUCAGUGCCCUGAGCUGUCGUUGGGUUGGUUUGAGGAGGGACAGCUGGUAGCUUUCAUUAUUGGCUCUGGCUGGGACAAAGAGAGGCUUUCACAGGAGGCAAUGACUCAGCAUAUCCCGGGCAACACCACUGUACACAUCCAUGUUCUGUCAGUGCAUCGUCACUGUCGCCAGCAAGGCAAGGGUUCCAUCCUCUUGUGGCGCUAUUUGCAGUACCUGCGCUGUGUGCUGGGCCUUCGCCGAGCUCUGCUGAUUUGCGAGGACUUUCUGAUGCCCUUCUACCUUAAGGCCGGCUUUAAGGAGAAAGGAUCAUCGGCCAUCUCCAUACCCAACAUGCAAUUCCAAGAGAUGGAGUACACGCUCGAUGGGCAGGUGUAUUCACGGCGGAACAGCGGCUGCUAGUCCAUGAACCCCUGCCCUAUUCUACUACCCUUACUCACCUCUAAAAUGGACCCAGGGCAGAUGAUGUAAGAUUAACAAAACAGAGCCAACAAAGGGGCAGAUAGAGGCGCAGGGCCAGUAUGCACCAGGGGACUGAGUUACGUAUUUGCAACAAGGUCUUAGACCUCCUAAUGUCAGCACCUCACAGUAUCCCACUUUGUGAGGACAGAGGGGAAAAGAGUGGAUUCAUGCAAAAAGAGGAACCAGUGGUUUUGCAGUUGUAUUGACUUAUCAGACAUCAAAUUAUUAUCUGGGUCACCAUAAGAAUAUUGGCUUUUUGAGCUUAUAUUGUUUUUUUGUAAAUGUUAUUUGUCAAAUCACUCACAAUGUACUAUUUGUAAUGUAAGUGAGGCAAUUGAUUGUAAUAUAAUAUAAUUGUAAAUGUUGAGCAUUACUAGAGUUGUGAUGUAAAUACUAUUCUAUUUUUGUAAACCAUAUGAAUCAAAAGGUGUGAUGAAUUCAAGUGUGUACAUACUGAUCAUGCAGCUGACAGCAUCCAAGCGUUUUUAACUUGGAUUGUCAAUUUAAUAUUUGGAGCAGAUAUUUGCUGUUUCUUUGUUGCAGAAUUUGAAUAAACUAUAAAACAU